AUGAUUGAAAAUAUUCAAAAUAUAUACAUUCGAAAUAUUGAAACGAGAGAUACACCAAAACUACAUACAGUUUAUAGGGUAGAGGUGAAUGCAGCAGUUAGAACUUGGUCGGUUUGGAAACGGUAUAGUGAAUUUGAUGAAUUAAAUGACAAACUUAUAAGACUUUUCCCGAGUAAUCCACCACCAUAUGAAAUGCCCGCCAAACAUUAUUUUCAGUCUACCCUUGGUAACCCGGUAUUGGUAGAGGAAAGGCGUAGAGGCUUGGAAGAUUAUUUAAGGGGAAUACUUUUUCAUAAAGAUGAUCGUUGGAGAGAGACCGAUGAAUGGAGAGAAUUCUUAGCCAUACCAACAGGUCGACCGCUUGACCCUGCUUCAAAUUAUACUUCAGAAAGUUGGCUUGACGAGUAUAAUAAUAUUCAAGCCAAAGCUAAAGAAAUCAGGUCACUUUUAAAUAAACGCGAAACUCACAUUGCACGUAAUGAAGUACAGUUGUCACAUAAUUUUAAUUUGCAGGCAAAGAAAAAUUUGACGUAUCUUGGAGUGCGCGUGUCACAACUUGAUUCAGGACUUAGAGGUCUUGCAGAAGGAAAUGGGAAAGAUGGGAAAGUUAUGUCAGAAGGAGAAUUGAGGAGACGACAAGAUAUGUUGACAGAAAUUAAAGAAGAAAAAGAUACUUUGACAAAACUUGUAUUGACGACAAGAACUGAUAUUAGUAAAGCGGCCACACCAGCAAGUUCAGUGGAUCGAUCAGCAUUAUUCCGACAACCUAUUAAUAGAGUAAUGGUUGGUAACAAUAAUGGAAUUCCUUCAAAAGUAUCACCGGUAACGCCAUCAAGAAGGGUUUUUGGUAAUAAUCGAUCUACCAUGCCAACAGAAACAGAACAAACUCGUGGAUUAGAUAAUGAUGGAUUAGUUAAUUUACAAAAACAAACUAUGGAAGAUCAAGACCAUCAUGUUGAACAGUUUAGCGCUAUAUUAAGUAGACAUAAACAUAUUGGUUUAGCUAUAGGUCAAGAAUUAGACUAUCAAAAUCAACUGUUAACUGAAUUGGAUGGAGAUCUCGAGAGAACUUCUGAUAAAUUAAAAUUCACCUCGAGAAAAAUGAAUUCAAUUAAAUAA